AUGUUAACAAGGAUAGCUAGAAGUAGUAGGAGACUAAAAUUAGCUAAGCCAAUAACCAAAGCAUCAAUUGUUAGAUCUAAUAAAUUUUAUUCCACAUUAUCAUCAGAUCCAAGUGAAGUAUAUACAAAAUUAUCAGAUACAAAUGAUCCAAAAAGAAACAAUUUCUUUCAAUAUUCUUGGGGAUCGUGGUUAAAAGAUGAUAAAUUGAAGAAAAGACAAAGAGAGACUAAAUUUUCAAUUGAGGGAUUAGCAUUAUCUUUAGAAACUUUAAAUCAAUCAAAAUUGGAAUCAAUUUUACCACCAAUUGAAAAAGAUGGAGUUAGAAUCCUUCAACACAAUCUCGAAUUAUUAGGAAAUACCGGUGAUUCUAAAUUAAUUGUUAAAUCAAUUGCGUCUAUCCAUGAAGGUAAACAUAAUAGAAUUUACAAAGUCACGUUGAACACAAAUAAGGAAUUAAUUUUAAGAAUUCCAUAUAAAUUAAAUUCAAAUUAUGCAAUUGGUGAAAUUUUAAAGAGUGAAGUUGCAACAAUGGAUUUUUUAAAUUUGAAACUUGGAUUAAAUGUACCUAAAGUAUUAGCAUAUGGAACAAAUUCAAAUAAUAAAUUAGAAUCUCCAUUUAUUUUGCAAGAAUUUAUAUCUGGUGAAUUAUUGAUGAAGAAAUGGCAUCCAUUAUUACCUGACUCAGAGAAGGAUAAACUUUUGGAGGUGAUUGAACCCAUUGCGAAAUUUCAUGACUCAAUUUCAAAAAUUGUAUUUACUAAAUUUGGUUCAAUAUAUUUUAAAUCUGACGUAAAUGGUGAACUACAAAAUGAUGUACCAUAUGAUGGUGAAACCGAUGAGAAUUUAAUAAAUAGAUGGAGAAUAGGUCCAAGUGUCGAGAAAUAUAUCUUUAAAAAUAAAAAUAAAUUAAAUUCAAAAAUUGUUAAUCAAUUUAGAGGUCCUUGGAAUGCUUCAAAUCCGAUUGAUUUAAUGACUUCAGUAUCCGAAUUAGAAUUAGAAAAUGCUAAAUAUAAAUUAAAUUUAAUUGAAGCAGAUGCAGGUGAAUCAAAAGAUCAAAUUCCGAUCCUAAAAUCUCAAAUUGAAACAUUUGAAAAUUUGAAAAAAAUAACACCAAGUUUAAUCAAUCCAGUAAGUAAAUCAGUUAAAAAUAUAGAAGAAUUAUUCAAUCCUAGAUUAUUUGUACCUGAUUUGGAUCCAUUAAAUGUUAUCCAAAAUGAAAAUGGUUCAUACUUUAUUGAUUUUGAAAAUUCAGUAAUUAAACCUUUUAUAUUACAAGCUUAUCCUAAUUUCAUAGCUUACAAUGGAGCAAAAAUCUACAAUCUUAAAGAAGAUAUACCUAAUUUUGAAAAAUUGGAUGAAUUGGAAAAACAACAAUAUGAAUUCAUGUAUUAUAAAACAAGAAAUGAAAGAUUAUGGGAAAUGGAAUUAAAUAAAAACAAUCAUGAUUUAAUAGCAGUUGCAUCUCCACAUAUCAAAGUUUUAAAAAGUCCUUAUCUUCAAGCUAUUGAUUUGAAAGCAAAUAAUGAUUAUUUAUACGUUGAAGGUUCAAUUGUUCAAUUACAAGCCUUGUGGGAAACCUAUGUAGCUAAUGAGCUUGUAAAUAGUAAAGAUUCAAAGUUUCCAAUUGAAUAUGAUGAGAUUUAUCUUGAUGAUUAUCAAUCUAAAGUUUCUGAUCAUCAAUUAAAAGUUGUAAGUAGUCCUUUUAAUGCUACUGGUGGUUGGAUCCCUCAAGAUAUGUUUAAUGCUUUAAAACAACAAGGAAUUAUUGUAGAAACUGAAAAUGGUGAUUAUAAAAUUGAAACUGAAAAAGUAUUAAAGAAAACACCAGAAGAAAUUGAACAUGAAAAGAAAUUAAAAGAAAAAGAAGAAGCUGAAAAAUCAAAAUAA